GCAGCCUUAGGGUCUCUUCAGUCUCUCCUGCAAACUGGCUGCUGCUGGGAGGUCACCCCUGCCGAGCCCGUGACCUGCAAGCACAAUAUUUGAUUUGGGAUCUAGGGCGGGCACCAGGCUUUGCAGAGCAGGAGACACUCUCACAUGCUGCUUGACACACGGGAGAUCCCGGAGAAGAGCAGCGAGGCUUUGGGAAGGAGGCUCUUAGCUUGGUCCUUCCAGCACCAGCACCAUGCAUUGGGCCACCAUCCUGAUCAUUGCUGGACUCUGUGGAACCUCCCUGGGUCAAUACAAUGAAGAAGAAGACCUGGCCUGGCUGCAGUACUACAUGAGGCAGUCCCGCAUGUCCUCCUACAACUACAUGCCCUACUACGAGGAUGAGAACACCCCCUAUGUCUACUCUUACCUCCCAGCUCCAGACACGGAGCCAGAGCCUGGCCCUGAACCUCAGCAAGCGCCUUCCUGGCAGUGUCCCCAAGAGUGUGAUUGUCCCCCCAACUUCUCAUCAGCCAUGUACUGUGACACCCGGAACCUGAGGUACCUGCCCUUCGUGCCUUCCCGGAUGAAAUACGUUUACUUCCAGAACAACAGGAUCACUGCCAUCCAAGAGGGAGCUUUUGACAAUGCCACGGAGCUGGAAUGGCUGGCGCUGCACAACAACCAGAUCUCCAGUGAGAAGAUGGGCAAGAAGGUCUUUGCCAAGCUCAAAAGACUGGAGAGGUUGUACAUGAACAACAACAACCUGACCAAGGUGCCCAGCCCUUUGCCACGGACUCUGAGAGAGCUCCACUUGUCUUAUAAUCAGAUCUCCAAGGUCCCCUCCAAUGCUCUGGAGGGUCUGGAGAACCUCACGGCUCUGUACCUCAGCCACAACUUCAUUUUUGAGAUGGGAGCAUCCCUCAAAGGGCUCAAGUCCUUGAUCCUUGCUGAUCUGAGCUACAACCACCUCAGGAAAGUCCCUGAUGGGCUCCCAAUGGCUUUGGAACAGCUCUACCUAGAAUACAACUACAUCAACACCAUCCCUGAUAACUAUUUCAAAGUCUCACCCAAGCUGCUCUAUGUACGGAUGUCCCACAACAGCCUGACAAAUCAAGGUCUCUCUACCAACACUUUCAACAGCAGCAGCAUCCUGGAGCUGGACCUCUCUUACAACAGGCUCCAGAAGAUCCCCCGUGUCAGCACCAACCUGGAGAACCUCUACCUUCAGGGGAACCAAAUCAAUGAGUUCUCCAUCAGCAGCUUCUGCUCCGUGGUGGACGUGAUGAACUAUUCCAGGCUGCAGGUCCUGCGGCUGGACGGGAACGAGAUCAAGAGGAACGCGGUGCCCCCGGACGCCCCCCUGUGCCUGCGACGUGCCACCAUCAUCGAGAUCUAGCCCAGCCCCUCCUGGCCCCCUCCCCAUCCUCAGGACUUGGCUCUCCCGUUCCUGGGGAGACACUCACUCCCA